UGUGUUUGCUCGUGACGAGUGGGUGAGGAUGACCGAGAGCCAAGGUGGACACGAGCUGAAUCGGACCCCAGAGCUGAGAGCUGUCAUUGUUCGCAAGAAACAAAGAGAGGGCACGUUCAAACUGCGGGUCAUCUUCUUGGAUGACAGUGAGAGGAUAUUUGAGGUUGAGGUGAGAAGUGUAUUUUUCAUAACUAUAUUCCAGUCAAUUUACCAGAAGUCACAAGUAUCCAUCAAUUUACACACAGGUCAAACGACAGUCACUGGUGCCUUAUGUAUUUGUAAACGCAAAUACCUCCGCUUAUUGUAAACAGAAGUAUAUUCAGAUGUUAUCAUUUUUAUUAUUACAGUUAAAUAAAUGGAUUCUUCUUCCUCCAAUUGUAUUCUGUUGGCAAUGCAUCUCCCUUCCUUUUAAAACCCCAUUAUCCCUGUUGACCGCAUACAGUAUUUUUACUUCCAAACCGUGGGGCAUUUUGUGCAUCUAUGUCAUGAGUGAAGGGACAAUAAGUUAAUAAAAAAAAGAGGUUGCUGAGUGGUUCUGUACAGAGGGAUGAGAAUGACUGCAGGGCAGCUUUGAGUUGGAAGGGUUUUAAAGUGUCUAAGGUGGCCCGAUUUCUUCAUCCCCUUUGGAUAUUGAACAUAAAGCGCUUUCAUUUGUUCCAGCCUACAUCUCAACAUUUGGCUCUUUCUUUAUUCUGCAGUCAAAUGCAUGGUCAGGUCAUGUCAAAGCUCCUCAUCUUCACACUGUUUGGGAAAUAAAUCAUGAUUAAGAUCUGGUUGUGAUCUGUGUAAACUGAAUUACUCUACGCUUUUAUUUUUGUAAAGAAAAUGCAAAAUAAACACUUCAAAGUAUAACUUUUAGUAUUUCCUGUUUGUAUUGCUUUACAGCAAAGGAUCCUUGGAAAUGAUUUCUACAACAAAGUUUGUGGGCACCUGAAGCUGUUGGAAAAAGAGUAUUUUGGCCUUGAAUUCCGUCACCAGUGUGGCAGUUAUGUAAGUCAUUCAUUAGAACACAUACUGUACUGUAACUCAAAUGUAGGUUUGACGAAGGGAGGAAAAGAAGAGUUGGUUACACAUUAUUUGGAUAGACCAUCUGUAGAUGCUCUAGUCUACAGACUAUCAGUAACAUUUCAACUAACUAUCUACUAAAUCUAACCCUAACCUUAAACCUUAUCCUAACCCUAAACUUAAAGGGAUACUUCAGGGUUUUGGCAAUGAGGCCCUUUAUGUACUUCCCCAGAGUCAGAGGAACAUGUGGAUACCAUUUUUAUGUCUCGGUGUCCAGUAUGAAGGAAGUUCGAGGUAGUUUUGCAAGCCAAUGCUAACUAGCAUGCUAGCAGAUAUCCAUAGACUUCCAGUCACUGCGCUAACGCUAGCAAGCAGUUGCUUAUCAACAGAUAAUUUGUUGAUAUUAUGACCCCAUCUGUAGAGCAUCUACAGAUGGACUUUUCAAAUAAAGUGUGACCAAAGAAGGUACCCUAAAUUAUGUCACUCCAAGCUGUAGAUGCUAAUCUGAUCUUUAUUUCUAAUCCCAGAUGUGGUUGGAACUGUUAAAGCCCUUGGCCAAGCAAGUAAAAAGUAAGUUGCAGCUCAUUCAUGCAAAGGCUUGUGAAUUCUGCUAUGUGGAUUGAGUCAUCUGUCGUACUGAGCAUCAAGGAUGUUGUUCCGCUCCUACAGACAACAGAGAUCCAAUGUUCCGCUUCAUAGUGAAGUUCUUCCCCCCAGACCCAGGGCAGCUGCAGAAAGAACUGACCAGGUAGGUCACUCUCUCUUGUUCUUCUGUUGAAAAAGGUUGUGCCAAUUGACAUUUGCCCCAGCUAUACAAAUGGUUUGGACCUCUUGACUAAGGGAACUUAUUUGGUACACGGAGACAUGAUGCUUAUUCAAGACACAUUCAAGCUUAUUCAAGUUCCCUCUUGCAGGUACCUGUUUGCAUUGCAGAUUAAACAGGAUUUGUCCAAUGGGAGUCUUACGUGCAAUGAUAACAGCGCUGCUCUCCUCGUCUCACAUUUACUGCAGUGUAAGUAGAUGAUCAUGAUUACAAUUGAACUACGGUUGAUCAUAAUAGUGGCUUGUGUUUGUGGUGAUGUCUCCACUGUUUCCGUACACUUGUAGCAGAGAUAGGUGACUACGAGGAGGAACUUGACUUGCAGCAUCUAGAGAGCAAGAAGUACGUACCCAACCAGGAGUGCCUCCACAAGAAGAUCCUGCGCUUCCACAAGAGGCACAGGUAGGUACCUCCCGGGCUCGGGGUUCAGAAGCCAGGGGCUCUCUGGUAGCUGGGUGGGGGCAGAAUAGGGCCUAAAUUGCUCACUGAAGUAGUUAGUGACUCAGGCAUACCAGGUGUGAAGGUCUGAUGGUUCUGGUGGUGAGGUGACUGUCGCAUCGUGUUGAGGUGACAGGGGGUUGAUGGUUAGGUUGACUGUAGGCUGUUGCUGGUGCUGUGCGUGUUCCAGGGGCCAGACUCCAGGCGAGGCAGACAGCCUGCUGCUGGAGGUGGCUCGGAAGCUGGAUAUGUAUGGGAUCCGCCCACAGGCUGCCAGUGAUGGAGAGGGCACCAAGAUCAACCUGGCCAUCACACACUCUGGAGUGUUGGUCUUCCAGGUAAUGGCUGGGCUCAUCAUAAAGACCUCUUAAUGAGAUGUACAGGAUUUGUGCAUAGAGCAUGAAUAAUAUACUACGUUAUUACAUGCUAUUACAGUGGAUUGUACAGUGUGGACUAUGUCUCAUUUAGAGUGACAAACACUGGAAACGGAUAUGCCAAGAACACAACAUAACCAAGAGAGAAGUAUUUAUUACAGAGGUAUAUAUUUGGACUGUUUGUCAGUUUGUACUCUUUAACUGUGUUCCUCUCUUCUCCCAGGGCAACACUAAGAUAAACACUUUCAGCUGGGCCUCAAUCCGCAAACUGAGCUUUAAAAGAAAACAUUUUUUGAUAAAACUCCACGCUAAGAUUAUGGUGAGUGUUUUAGUUUGAGACAUUAAGUGUGACUGAGUGGUCAAAUAGGAUUGUAUCAGUUACCAGGUGUUUGUUUGUUGUUGGUUACAUGUGGUUUUAUUCAAACAACAUGCUGCAUUAUUUCCAUAGAAAUGACCCCUGUUACAUCUGUGUGUGUGUCUGUAUGUUUGUGUCUGUGUGUGUGUGUGUGUGUGUGUGUGUGUAAUGUGUGUGUUUGUGUACGUGUGUGUGGUCAGCCCUCUCGUAAGGACACGGUAGAGCUAACCAUGGCCAGCCGUGAUGUAUGUAAGGCCUUCUGGAAGACGUGUGUAGAGUACCAUGCCUUCUUCCGUCUCUCUGAGGAGCCCAAGUCCCGACACAAAUCCCUCCUCUACAGUAAAGGCUCCUGCUUCAGAUACAGGUCAGACCAGGAAAUACGGAACAGGGAAUUGAUUAAUUUGUCAAAAGCCUUUACCGUUUACUGGGUUUGAUAAAACUGUGCUACCCCUCUCUCUAGUGGUAGGACCCAGAAACAACUAUUGGACUGUGUCAGGAGAGGGGAGAGGAAGAACCUGCCUUUUGAAAGGUGACGACACUUAUUGGGUAGGUUUCCCGAACACAGACUAAGCCUAGUUCUGGACUGAAAAGCAAUCUUAAUGGAGAAUCUCCAUUGAAGAUGCUUUUAAAUCCAGGAUUAGGCUUAAUCUGUGUACGGAAAACCGCCCCUUUGUGUCUUGUCUUUGCACAGAGAGACAUAAAAAAAAUAUAUAUAUAUAUCCUUAGACUUACUGUGAAAGAAAGGUUUGCAUUGCUUGAAUAUGGUUAAACCUCUACCUUCCAGGAAGUUCUACAAGGCUCACUAUGACAACAGGCAGUGCAGGUCCUCACCUGACCUCCUCACUGAUGUCUCCAAACAGGUACAGUGCCUUCUGUUAUAUGGAUUUCUUUGUUGUAUGUUGAUUUCUGUUGUUUAUAUAUUUUUUUAAGGGUGUUGAGACCUGGUGAAAAAAACAAUUAGCAUAUUUGCAUGUUCUCAAAACCAAACUUGUAGAUGCACAAGUGCAAUAGGAGAUUUCCUGUGAGUCAAUUCCAAUGGCUCCCUUCUGCAUUUUUUUGGUCAGUUUGUUUUGACAAGGCAAGUUUGUAGUAUGAGGUAAGGUUGCAAUAUGACCACAUAUCCUUAGGCAUGCUCUAUGGAGAUUACAGAAAUAGGUGUCACACAGUUCAGUUUCUCCUGUAUGUGUUUUAAACCUCUGGCUCAGUGCCAGUCUGUUCUAAAUGCAUUCCUGUGUCUCAAGAUGCAAAUGGACUCCUGUUCUUGCUGAAGCUGAAUUUUCUUGCAUCGUGUUAUACUAAUAAAAAAUAUAAAAAAUACUACACGCCACCUCCAUUCUCUUAAAUUGGCCCGCAUGCCUCAAACUCUACAGCCAAAUAAAUCAUUUAUGAUUAUAUGGACCAUCAAGCAAACAGCACUUUGACUGUGUACUGUACUUCUGAAUGGCAUUCUCCAUCUUGCCAAUGCAAUCUUCUUCUGCCAAGUAUAAGUGAGCCAAAUCAUUGUUGAGACUGUCAAACAUAGCCUACCGUAGCCUAAACAGUAAUGCUAGUACAGAACCUACUGUAUUCUGUCCUCUAACGUUUGAUGUGCAGUGAAUACACACACCUACUGUGUACCUAGGACUCCUCAUCUCUGCUUCUGUAAACAUUAUUCUGUCAGUCAGGGGUGCAAUUUUGGUUUUAGAAGUGGGGGGGACAUAACUUGGCGGGGGGUCCUCCCAUUUUUGGGGGCAUCUAAAGCUAAUUUCCUGCAUUUCUACACAAUCUAAUAUGGUCCAUGGACCUUCUAGCCAUCUCCCUUUAGAACAACAAAAAGUAAGCAAUAAUGCCCACAGUCAUCAAGCUAGGUAAGAGAUCAUUAUUAAUAAUGGUGCCGGAGGGGAUGGCUGCCAUUUUAUGGGUUCCUAACCAAUUGUGAUACUUUGUGUGUUUUUUCGCGUUGUUUGUAACUUAUUUUGAACAUACUGUUUCUGCCACCGUCUCUUAUGACCGAAAAGAGCUUCUAGAUAUCAGUACAGCGAUUACUCACCUCGAACCAGACAAAUAUUUUUUAUAUAAUGAGUUGGAUGCAAAGGAUUUACUGCUGCUCGCGGCCUGGCCCAAAUCCCUGUCAUUCACAUGAAGAGAAGACGCCGAUACAGGGGGCGCAGAUCCGGGUGCCUUGUGAGAAUUCGUCGGCGAGUGGGUAACCCGCCUCUAGCAUCCUUCCUAUUGGCCAACAUACAAUCAUUGGAGAAUAAACUGGAUGAGCUCCGUUCGAGACUAUCCUACCAAUGGGACAUUAAAAACGGUAAUAUCUUAUAUUUCACCGAGGCGUGGCUGAACGACGACAUGGAUAAUAUACAGUUGGCUGGGUUUUCCUAGCAUUGCCAAGACAGAACAGCUACCUCCGGUAAGACAAGGGGUGGUGGUCUGUGUCUAUUUGUCAAUAACAGCUGGUGCGUGAUCUCUAAUAUUAAGGAAGUCUCGAGGAUUUGCUCGCCUGAGGUAGAGUACCUCGAGAUAAGUUGUAGACCAAACAAUUUACCAAGAGAGUUUUCAUCUAUAUUUUUUGUAGCUGUCUAUUUACCACCACAAACCGAUGCUGGCACUAAGACCGCACUCAACAAGCUGUAUAAGGCCAUAAGCAAACAAGAAAAUACUCAUCCAGAAACGGCGCUCCUAGUGGCAGGGGACUUUAAUGCAGGAAAUGUUUAAUUCAUUUUACCUAAUUUCUACCAGAAUGUCACAUGUGCAACCAGAGGAAAAAAACUCUAGACCACCUUUACUCCACACACAGAGACGCGUACAAAUCUCUCCGUCGCCCUCCAUUUGGCAAAUCUGACCAUAAUUAUAUCCACCUGAUACCUCCUUACAAGCAAAAACAAAGCCGGAAGUACCAGUGACACGCUCAAUACAGAAGUGGUCAGAUGACGCAGAUGCUAAGCUACAGGACUGUUUUGCUAGCACAGACUGGAAUAUGUUCCGGGAUUCAUCCGAUGGCAUUGAGGAGUAUACCACAUCAGUCCCCGGCUUCAUCAAUAAGUGCAUCGAUGAUGUCGUCCCCACAGUGACCGUACGUACAUUUCCCAACCAGAAGCCAUGGAUAACAGGCAACAUCCGCACUGAGCUGAAGUCUAGAGCUGCCGCUUUUAAGGAGCGGGACACUAAUCCGGACGCUUAUAAGAAAUCCCGCUAUGCCCUCCGACGAACCAUCAAACAAGCAACGCGUCAAUACAGGAAUAAGAUUGAAUCAUACUACAACGGCUCUGACACUCAUCGGAUGUAGCAGGGCUUGCAAACUAUUACGGAUUACAAAGGAAAGCCCAGCCAUGAGCUGCCCAGUGACACAAGCCUACCAGACGAGCUAAAUUACUUCUAUGCUCGCUUCGAGCCAAGUAACACUGAAACAUGCAUGAGAGCUUCACCUGUUCUGGACGACUGUGUGAUCACGCUCUCCGUAGCCGAUGUGAGUAAGACCUUAUAACAGGUCAACAUUCACAAGGCCGCAGGGCCAGACAGAGCAUGCGCUGACCAACUGGCAAGUGUCUUCACUGACAUUUUCAACCUCUCCCUGACCGAGUCUGUAAUACCAACAUGUUUCAAGCAGACCACCAUAGUCCCUGUGCCCAAGAACACUAAGAUAACCUGCCUAAAUGACUACCGACCCGUAGCUCUCACGUCUGUAGCCAUGAAGUGCUUUGAAAGGCUGGUCAUGGCUCACAUCAACACCAUUAUCCCAGAAACCCUAGACCCACUCCAAUUCGCAUACCGCACCAACAGAUCCACAGAUGACGCUAUCUCUAUUGCACUCCACACUGCCCUUUCCCACCUGGACAAAAGGAACACCUACGUGAGAAUGCUGUUCAUUGACUAUAGCUCAGCGUUCAACACCAUAGUGCCCUCAAAGCUCAUCACUAAGCUAAGGACCCUGGGACUAAACACCGCCCCCAGGUGGUAAUAAUAAUAAUAUGCCAUUCAGCAGACACUUCUAUCCAAAGCGACUUACAGUCAUGCGUGCAUCCAUUUUUGUGUAUGGGUGGUCCCGGGGAUCGAACCCACUACCUUGGCGUUACAAGCGACGUGCUCUACCAGCUGAGCUACAGAGGACCAACAACACAUCUGCAACAACACAUCUGCCAUGCUGAUCCUCAACACGGGGGCCGCUCAGGGGUGCGUGCUUAGUCCCCUCCUGUACUCCCUGUUCACCCACAACUGCGUGGCCAGGCACGACUCCAUCACCAUCAUUAAGUUUGCCGAUGGUGGUAGGCCUGAUCACCGACAACGAUGAGACAGCCUAUAGGGAGGAGGUCAGAGACCUGGCAGUGUGGUGCCAGGACAAAAACCUCUCCCUCAACGUGAGCAAGACAAAGGAGCUGAUCAUGGACUACAGGAAAAGGAGGGCCGAGCAUGCCCCCAUUCACAUCGACGGGGCUGUAGUGGAGCGGGUCGAGAGCCUCAAGCUUCAAGUUCCUUGGUGUCCACAUCACCAACAAACUAUCAUAGUCCAAACACACCAGAACAGUCGUGAAGAGGGCACGACAAUGCCUAUUCCCGCUCAGGAAACUGAAAAGAUUUGCAUGGGUCCUCAGAUCCUCAAAAAGUUCAUCCUGACUGGUUGCAUCCCCGCCUAGUAUGGCAACUGCUCGGCAUCGGAUCGCAAGGCGCUACAGAGGGUAGUGCGUACGGCCCAGUACAUCACUGGAGCCAAGCUUCCUGCCAUCCAGGACCUCUAUACCAGGCGGUGUCAGAGGAAGGCCCUAAAAAUUGUUAAAGACUCCAGCCACCCAAGUCAUAGACUGUUCUCUCUGCUACCGCACGGCAAGCGGUACCGGAGCUCCAAGUCUAUGUCCAAAAGGCUCCUUAACAGCUUCUACUCAAGCCAUAAGACUGCUAAACAGUUAGUCAAAUGGCUACCUGGACUAUUUGCAUUGACCCCCUUUUUUACCCUGCAGCUACUCGCUGUUUAUUAUCUAUGCAUAGUGACUUUAUCCCUACCUACAUGUACAGUUGAAGUCGGCUAUAUUGUGUGCAAGUAAAAAGAGCUCUACAGUACUACUAAGCCUAUGAUCUGAAUUAUAUGGAGGGUGUACUGUUUCUGUGUGUUAAUGCGUAGGUGUUUAUGUGUUUUUAUUAAACUUUUGUUUUCCAAACCUUUCCCUUGAGACAUAAAAAAAAAAGAUGGGAAGGAAGUUGUGUUGGGGAGAGAGUUUAGUUAUUGACUAGACUGGUGGGGGUCGGGCGUGCAGGUGGCUCGGGCUGGCUGGGCGGUCUGGCUAAAAUGUUAUAUAGAGGAUGUCUUAAUAAAGACAAUCAAAAGUCUUUAUACUUUAUUUGUAAGAGUUGUUCAUUUGUUAGUCUAUUGCUUAAAGUUGCGACAUAAUAUUGAUUAUUGAAUUAUCAUUGAUCUAGUUCAGUAUUAUCAAUCACUUAAACAUAUUUAAUAAAUCAAAUCAAAUUUUAUUUGUCACAUGAGCCAAAUACAACAGGUGUAGACCUUACCGUGAAAUGCGCGGAGGUACGGGUUAGUCGAGGUAAUUGAGGUCAUUUGUACAGUUGAAGUCGGAAGUUUACAUACACAAUUCCUGACAUUUAAUCCUAGUAAAAAUUCCCUGUCUUAGGUCAGUUAGGAUCACCACUUUAUUUUAAGAACGUGAAAUGUCAGAAUAAUAGUAGAGAGAAUGAUUUAUUUCAGCUUUUCACAUUCCCAGUGGGUCAGAAGUUUACAUACACUCAAUUAGUAUUUGAUAGCAUUGUCUUUAAACUGAGUGGUGCAGCGGUCUAAGGCACUGCAUCGCAGUGCUUGAGGCAUCACUACAGACCCGGGUUCGAUCCCGGGCUGUGUCGCGACCGGGAGACCCAUUUUUCGGUGGCAAUACACAGCUAGAGAUGCAGGUGUCCUUUGGUUAGCUAGCAAUAACUUGAAUGACUGUUAUACAGUUAGCAUAUCUCUUGCAUUUGCAAAUUCACUCUAGCUAUCUCUAGCUAUCUAUUCCGACUUCAGAGCACUCUCGUCUGAGUGUGCCAGAGCGCUGAACAACUGAUUAAUUUACGAACGCGCAAUACCUACUUAAUAUGAAUGUGUCAGUAAACGUAGGCAAAAAAACUAAUAGUUAGUCAAGAACGCUCUAGAUAGCAUAUAAACAGCUCUGGGAGUGUGGUGCCAGGAAAAUAACCUCUCACUCAACGUCAGCAAAACAAAGGAGAUGAACGUGGACUUGACGGGACCGCAGUAGAGAAGGUGGAGAGCUUCAAGUUCCUUGGCGUACACAUCACUGACAAACUGAAAUGGUCCACCCACGCAGACAGUGUGGUGAAGAAGGCGCAACAGAGCCUCUUCAACCUCAGGAGGCUGAAGAAAUUUGGCUUGGCACCUAAAACAUUCACAAACCUUUACAGAUGCACAAUUGAGAGCAUCCUGUCGGGCUGUAUCACCGCCUGGUACAGCAACUGCACCACCCACAACCGCAGGGCUCUCCAGAGGGUGGUGCGGACGGCCGAACGCAUUACCGGGGGAAAACGACCCGCCCUCCAGGACACCUACAGCACCCGAUGUCACAGGAAGGCCAAAAAGAUCAUCAAGCACAUCAACCACCCGAGCCACUGCCUGUUCACCCCGCUAUCAUCCAGAAGGCGAGGUCAGUACAGGUGCAUCACAGCUGGGACAGAGAGAAUGAAAAACAGCUUCGAUCUCAAGGCCAUCAGACUGUUAAAUAGCCAUCACUAGCAAAUCACUGGCCACUUUAAGAAAUGGAACACUAGUCACUUUAAUAACGUUUACAUAUCUUGCAUUACUCAUCUCAUAUGUAUAUACUGUAUUCUAUAAUAUUCUACUCUAUCUUAGUCCAUGCCGCUCUGUCAUUGCUUGUCCAUGUACAGUGGGGAGAACAAGUAUUUGAUACACUGCCGAUUUUGCAGGUUUUCCUACUUACAAAGCAUGUAGAGGUCUGUAAUUUUUAUCAACCGUGAGAGACGGAAUCUAAAACAAAAAUCCAGAAAAUCACAUUGUAUGAUUUUUAAGUAAUUAAUUUGCAUUUUAUUGCAUGACAUAAGUAUUUGAUACAUCAGAAAAUCAGAACUUAAUAUUUGGUACAGAAACCUUUGUUUGCAAUUACAGAGAUCAUACGUUUCCUGUAGGUAUUGACCAGGUUUGCACACACUGCAGCAGGGAUUUUGGCCCAGACAGACCUUCUCCAGAUCCUUCAGGUUUCGGGGCUGUCGCUGGGCAAUACGGACUUUCAGCUCCCUCCAAAGAUUUUCUAUUGGGUUCAGGUCUGGAGACUGGCUAGGCCACUCCAGGACCUUGAGAUGCUUCUUACGGAGCCACUCCUUAGUUGCCCUGGCUGUGUGUUUCGGGUCGUUGUCAUGCUGGAAGACCCAGCCACGACCCAUCUUUAAUGCUCUUACUGAGGGAAGGAGGUUGUUGGCCAAGAUCUCGCGAUACAUGGCCCCAUCCAUCCUCCCCUCAAUACGGUACAGUCGUCCUGUCCCCUUUGCAGAAAAGCAUCCCCAAAGAAUGAUGUUUCCACCUCCAUGCUUCACGGUUGGGAUGGUGUUCUUGGGGUUGUACUCAUCCUUCUUCUUCCUCCAAACACGGCGAGUGGAGUUUAGACCAAAAAGCUCUAUUUUUGUCUCAUCAGACCACAUGACCUUCUCCCAUUCCUUCUCUGGAUCAUCCAGAUGGUCAUUGGCAAACUUCAGACGGGCCUGGACAUGCGCUGGCUUGAGCAGGGGGACCUUGCGUGCGCUGCAGGAUUUUAAUCCAUGACGGCGUAGUGUGUUACUAAUGGUUUUCUUUGAGACUGUGGUCCCAGCUCUCUUCAGGUCAUUGACCAGGUCCUGCCGUGUAGUUCUGGACUGAUCCCUCACCUUCCUCAUGAUCAUUGAUGCCCCACAGGUGAGACUUGCAUGGAGCCCCAUACCGAGGGUGAUUGACCGUCAUCUUGAACUUCUUCCAUUUUCUAAUAAUUGCGCCAACAGUUGUUGCCUUCUCACCAAGCUGCUUGCCUAUUGUCCUGUAGCCCAUCCCAGCCUUGUGCAGGUCUACAGUUUUAUCCCUGAUGUCCUUACACAGCUCUCUGGUCUUGGCCAUUGUGGAGAGGUUGGAGUCUGUUUGAUUGAGUGUGUGGACAGGUGUCUUUUAUACAGGUAACAAGUUCAAACAGGUGCAGUUAAUACAGGUAAUGAGUGGAGAACAGGAGGGCUUCUUAAAGAAAAACUAACAGGUCUGUGAGAGCCGGAAUUCUUACUGGUUGGUAGGUGAUCAAAUACUUAUGUCAUGCAAUUAAAUGCAAAUUAAUUACUUAAAAAUCAUACAAUGUGAUUUUCUGGAUUUUUGUUUUAGAUUCCGUCUCUCACGGUUGAUAAAAAUUACAGACCUCUACAUGCUUUGUAAGUAGGAAAACCUGCAAAAUCGGCAGUGUAUCAAAUACUUGUUCUCCCCACUGUAUGUAUUCUUAAAUUCCAUUCCUUACUUAGAUUUGUGUGUAUUGGGUAUAUGUUGUGAAAUUGUAGAUAUUACUUGUUAGAUAUUACUGCACUGUCGGAGCUAGAAGCACAAGCAUUUUGCUACACCCGCAAUAACAUCUGCUAAACACGUGUAUGUGACAAAUACAAUUUGAUUUGAUAAACAGCCUAACCAGCACUGCUACGGCAAGUAAAAUGGUCAGAGUGAACAUAAACCCUCUCAAACAUUUUCAGCUAGUUGGCUGUCAAAAUUGCACUGAUAACCAAUGGGGAAUUGUAGCCUCCUCGUCCUUCUGCAGCUUGCCUGCCAAUGCAUGCUUGUCCCAACCAAGCACCCAAGCUAACUGGCUAAAGUUGGCUAGCUUGCUAGCAAGCUACUUCCAGACACAUGAGAGAACACCCUAAUGUUCCUUUGUUAGAUUUUAGCUCAUCUUGCUCUGGCUAGCAUUAGUUGUUGAUCUUGUUGUUGUUGAUGUGCAUAACUGAGGGAGAGAGAGCCUACCUUUUCAUGGUUGUUUGAUCAAUAGGACUGUAAAGUUCCCAAAUGUAAGAGGACUCCCAUGGUGUUUACAUAUUUUCAAAAAUCCAUUCAGUUGUAUUUUGUGGCUUUUGGCGAAUGCUUUCUAAUAAUAUAAAGUCGCGCUGUUGCAACUGCCUGUAAACACAGUCCAGUUCAAAGUGAAUGGUGGCAGGCCCGUGUGGCAAAUGGCUUGCUUGUAUAAAGUCUACUGUAGAUCUGAUUGGCUAUAGCGCACCGGUCUGUGUAGACUUCGGUCCUGGACAAGACAGACGCUUUUAUUCAGCUUUAUUUACUGCAGUGUCUAUUAAUUGUCCAAAUGCACAGCCGCUUUCCCACUCUAUUUUGCUAUAGAAUUUCCCCAAAUGCCUUAGUAUAUUUAAUUCCCAAACAUUCUAAGAAUGUAUGAAAAUGUGAAAAUGACCAUAUCUAAGUGGUCGCUUGUCAGAUUUGUUUUUUUAAAUGUCAUAUUCUUCCUGGGGGUGUAUAUGAAAAUAUUUUUUUCUCUUCAGCGUCAACCCUUUCCUUUCCAACAAAAAACAAAGAGAUUAAAUCAGAACAUCAUUGAAAAUAAUAAUAUAAUUAACAUUAUUAUUCUAAUCAUUAUUUUAUAAAUCCUUAGCCCUUCUCUGAAGGCGUAGAAGGCCCAUUGUUCCCCACUGUGUUUGGGUUAGUAAUAAUUUGUAGAGUGGCUCUAUUUUGCCUCAGCAUGCAUUUUUUCCACUAUUCUAAAUGUCUAAAGAAUCCAUGUUGUUCUGAAAUAUGAACACAGAAAUACAGGACAUUUCAAACUCUUAUUUUGGUGGUGAUUUGACAAAAUUACAAUCAUGGUCUUGAAUUGGAUUCACAUUUUUCUGGUCUCGGUCUUGACUCAGUCUUGGAUCCCUUGUCCACCUCCCGGUCUCAGUCUUGACUCGGUCUUACUCCCUCUACAGUCUUGGUCUUGACUCGGACUCAAUUUGCUCCGGUCUUGGUCUUGAAUCGGUCUCGCUUUAGGUGGUCUCGAACACUACACUGGUUUCAGGUGUGUUAGGCCAAGGCCAGAGUGACAACCAACAGUAUGUCAGACCCCCAGGGCCAGGACUGAGCAGCCCAGCAGCUAGAGAUUGCCUAAAUAGGUAUCUCCUCUGACGUGGGCACGUUUUCAAUACAGACUCCUUUUGUUGUACAGUAUUCCAUAAAAGGCAUUCAGACCAUAUGAAAGUUGCACAGUAUACCCUUAAUCUUGUAAUAAAUCAAAUCUAGUGAUACAUAACUUGACAUUUUUUCCAUCCAUUGAGGGAGGAUAAUUAUCCUUCCAAUUAAUGGCAACGCAUUUCUUAGCCGCUAUAAAUGCUGGGUUACACAGUUUCUUCUGAUAACAGUCUCCAGUAUCAACAUUUCCAAGCAAACAAAAACAGGGAGAAGGCAGAAUCUGUAGACAUGCUGAGAUAAAAGUCAUGCUCUUUGCCAGAAUUCAGAAGACCAUAACAUAUGCAAAUAUGUCCCCUUUUGUGUUUUACACCUCCAGCAGAAUAAUUACAUUUCUGAGUGCAUGAUAUUCAGUUUCACUGGCAUAUAGUUCAUUCUAUGGAUGGUCUUAAACUGCAGUAAUUUAUGUCUGAGAUUAUAUGAACAUGACUUGGCAUUCUAACAUAUCUGUAUCCAUUCAUCAUCAUCUCCCAGGUCUUCCUCACAUUGUUUUACAUGUUGUGUGUCAUCGGGAAAAGCCUCUAUCAACCCUUGAUACAGUUUGGAAAUCCACUUUAGAGGUUUGUCAGACUGCCUUAAAAUAGUUUCAAUCUUUGAAGCUUUUUGCUUGUCCAGUGUUUGCUGCACAGAGAGAAUAAAGUGAUAAUAAAGUCAACUGUCUUCCCUGGCUGCCUGACCCUGAUGAGACCGUCACCAUCUGAUCCUGCUCAGAUGAGGCAUGACAAAGAAUUACCUUCGUGUACAUUUAUACAUUAUAUUACCCAUUAAAAUAAUCAAUGGUUCAAUCAUUGAAAUAACCAUUAUUUCCAGAUCUCAGACUGUAGCCUACCCAUCAACUCAAGAUGGAACUUUGUAUCCAUUCCCUGAUUGUUAUAAUAUACUGCAAAAUUCAUUUGAGCUCCGUAGACUGGUCUUCCCUGGCUGUCUGACCCUGCAGGGACACUUGUCACCAUAGUGUUGUGUACUGACUGUGCACCAUGACAGUGAAGCCUGUAGAGCUGUUUAUACCGUGUCAGUGUGAAAAGUAGGGAAUUAGCUAGGGACACUGACAGAUCAACAACGUUACAUUGCUAUACUGACUAAUAAAAACUCACAUUGCGCUGAAAAAACAUCAGAAUAUUGGUCUUCAAUCAUUUGGCUGGUUUCAUCAUUUGAUUCAGGUG